AUGGAGGAAGUUGUGGAACAGUUCUUCAUUUCUGUGGGAUUACUGGUGUGUCUGGCCUGCCUGGCCAAGUGCAUGAGAUUCUUCAAAUGCAUUUUCUUCAGCUUCUGGAAAGUUCUGCCAAGCUCUUUCUUACAAUCAAUGGGACAAUGGGCAGUGAUCACCGGAGCAGGCGAUGGAAUUGGGAAAGCAUACUCAUUCGAGCUGGCAAGACGUGGCCUCAACAUUGUGCUCAUCAGCCGGACACUGGCAAAACUCCAGGCCGUUGCGGAGGAGAUUGAGUGGAGCACCGGGCGCCAUGUGAAGAUCAUACAAGCAGAUUUUACCAAAGAUGACAUCUAUGAGGACAUUGAAGAGAAUCUUAAGGGCUUAGAAAUUGGGAUUUUAGUCAAUAAUGUUGGAAUGCUUCCCAACCUGCUCCCAAGCUAUUUCCUUGACACAUCGGAUGAAAUCCAGAGGCUCAUCCACUGCAACAUCACCUCGGUUGUCAAGAUGACAAAGCUAGUUCUGAAACACAUGGACUCAAGGAGGAAAGGCCUCAUCUUGAACAUUUCUUCUGGGGCUGCGCUCUGCCCUUGCCCUCUCUACUCCCUGUAUUCGGCUUCCAAGGCGUUUGUGUGCACGUUUUCCAAGGCAUUGCAGGUGGAGUACAGAGCCAGAGGAAUCAUUAUCCAGGUGCUGACCCCGUUUGCUGUUUCGACCCCCAUGACAAAAUAUCUAAACACCAACCUGAUAACAAAGAGUGCUGAUGAGUUUGUUAAAGAAUCACUGAAUUAUGUCACAAUUGGAGAUGAAACCUGUGGCUCCCUUGCCCAUGAAGUCUUGGCAAGCUUCCUGAGCCUGGUUCCAUCGAGAGUGUUCUACAGCAGUGCCUUCCAGAGGCUCCUCCUGACGCGCUAUGCGGAUUACCUUAAACAGAAUGCCAACAUCAGAUAG